CUAGAAGUAGCAGUAGACGAGCGUAACGAAUACGUGUAUAGGAAAAGAACAACCAAUGAAGUUCUGUCGCAAAUGAUGACUGCUGUUAGGAAUAACGUGGAAGUGGUCCAGGAUGGUGGAACUAGCAAGUGGAUUGUUCGUAAACAAAUUCGGCCUGGAGGCUAUCAGAUGCAAUAAAAAGAUGAAUCCAUCCAAAGUAGUCAGAAAUCUAAUUACGCUCAUUUUUACGCGGGAUGAGAUUUUAAACCAGAGUAUUACUGGGAAGGAGUGCAACAAUAAAAAAGGCAACAGAAAGGCAGCCACUCAACGAUUAGAUGAAUGGAAAAUAAAUGUCGUGAAAGAUGAAUUGAGGAGGAUAUUAUGUCAACAUAAAUAUUCCGCUGACCAUGUCGUCAAGGAGGUUCUAAAUGUGAAGAAAUAUAUCAGGUCAAAGCUUUCAACAAAGAAGCAAGCGAUUAAAAAAACACAAGCAGAUGACAACUCGACCGAAAAUUCUGUCGUGACUUCAGGCCGGAAUAAAACUUUUUCUUAUUCUGAAGCACCGGAAACUGUAACACCCGAAACUGAAUGUUCAAUAUCUGAAACUGCUUCGGAAAAUUCGUUUCACCUUCUCGUUUCCGAAGGUGACAACGAAAGCUUUGAAGAUGAAAUUCAGUUUCAGUGA